GUUGUUGCGUCAAAAUGUCAGGACCGAAAAUUGAACCGAAAGCCGGUGAAGCGACCAUUAACGCUGUGAGUGCGAUGUCUGACGGCACUCUAUACUCUAUACCGAAGAGAAGGAAAAACAUCGUGGAUAUGGUGCUGAAGAUCAUUGACGGGGAAGGGCCUAAGCCUAUGAAGAACAUGAGGCCAGCUCAGAAAAACCGCAAUGGUGCCGAUCAUUUUUGCGAUGAGCACCACGGAGAAUAUGAAAAUAGGUGCGAGCCUAGCAGAGACAGAAUAGGCCGAGUGCAGACGCAUAACAACGCCUGCCCCAAAAUGUAUGACGAGCUUAACAAGAGGCGGUCUAUUGCUCAGCCCACCGCGAACGCUUACAUGUCAUACUCCAAUAUGCCCGCCGCAACAGAGUUCGAUCCCAACUGUCGUAUCUGCCUCAAUCUCAAAAACCAAAUGGAGCCGCUGCCACGUAGGAGGAGACCCAACAAAAAACCUCGACAGCGCAGGAAUAAGCAAACAAGGAACAACAGGAACAGAAUAACCAAAACUAAGAAACCGAGGAGGUCGGCUUACCCUUCAAGAGAGUUCAAACUAUCAAGGAUUAGGACGAACAAAUGUUGCCAGUGCACGACUUAUUACGUGCCCGCGGCUGCCGAGUCGAAAAGCGUUUCAACUCUCGACGAACAUCUCGUGCCACAGCCAAAUGUCAUGGUUCCUAUGACGUCGACUCAAGGAACGAACCAUGAAGGCGGCUCAGAUGCGAAAGGAGUAAAUAUUCCCGUUCAGAAUAAGCCAAGUAAGAAGUCUGAUAUCGAUUCUGGUAAUCCAGAGACAAAUAGCAAUCCUUCUGUGAGUAGUUAUAACAGUUUCAUGUCAAUGGAGCAUGAACCGAUGGUAGAAUGAAUUUAGGGGAAUCGUGAGAAGACGGCGUGAUAGAUCAAGAGUUAGCUACUACCAGAAAUUCCUUAUUUUAUAUAAAAGUACAACUUUGUGUGUGCAUACGUAAGACAGUGGGGUAUCAACGCUUGACUAAAGGUCGUUCUCAAUAUUCUGUGUAUAUGUUGAUUUGCUUACUAGAGAUAUAAUUUUGACAUAAGACCCAUAACCGUCUGGUAAAUAAAACAAUAGAUAGAAAGGAAAUUUGGGAACGGUAGUAAAGCCUAUGUUCACUGACAAUAUAAACGUUAGUUUUCCUAAAAUGAGUGUUUACCAUGAACUUUUUUCUCAAUAUUCAAAAUUAUAUCAAUCAAUACGGACCACUGUUUUAUGACAGCAAUCGUUGAUACUUAUAGCUUUUCUCCUGUACGAGAUCAUCACGAGAUCAGUCAUGGAAAAAGGGAUCCAUUUUCUAAUUCUUCCAAAGUUCCCUUCAGUCAAACUUUAGGAUGUAUGCGCACACAAAGUUCCAGCACACUUUAGAGAUAUUCCCUUGUAAACAAUUGUGAAGCUACCUAAUAAAGUUCGUAAAAAUGUCACUCACACACGCAUGUGCAUCGACGAGUUUUUACCGGCGCUACCGGUGCUGUCAGUACUCAGUGUCGUGCAUCGAGCACAUGUCAUUGUGUGUGAGUGACAUGGUUACGAACGUUAUAUAGUACGUAGCUUCACAACUACUAAAAUAGGAAGGUUUGGUAGCAGUUAACUCUUGGUCUAUCUGCGAAAGGUCGAUCUGCGAUAUUUUCAAAGGGCUCGCCAGCAUAAUGCUAAGGUUGUAUUGUGUAAUGUUUUGAAAUAAAUUAU